CAGAUCUCGCGCAGUCUCGUCCUCGAGGAAACAAAAUGGCGGCGGCUCUGUGUAGAACGUUUGUAGGUCUUACAAGAAGGGCUGUGCUCCCUUAUCAAGCGAGGGCGUAUGGCAGUAAAGCCGACGGAGGAAGAGACAUUGGUAUAAGCGGCAUGCAUUCUAUAUUCCCCCCAGAAGAAAGUCACGAAGGGAAAAUUGAAACACCUGAUUCCCUGAUGCCUAGUAAUCUUGGACACAUGCUUGGUGAGGAGAGAGAUGAAAUUUUAACAGAGCUGGCUGGUGCAAAGGAUCACUUUGACUUUGAUGGAGUCCGUGUGAAUGAACGUGAAGGCACCAGAGAUGCCCCAAUCAUUGUUAGAUCCGAGAGUGACAACAGAAUCGUCGGAUGUCUUUGUAAGUAUUACAAUUACUCUGAAUCAUACAGCGGUGUCUAGGGCUGUGACAUUCACUCAAUUUUAGUUACCAUGCUCUCAAUUCGGUCUUUUACGAAUUUAGCCAGAUAUAUGGUAAACAUAAUUUUGGUUCAUUCAAAUUUUUGUACAAGGCCUUUAAGCAAAUUAAUUCAGUGACGAAUUGGUGCUCUCGAAAUGCAUGAUGUACAAAAGAAUUGAAAUAAAAAUGUAAUAAGCACAAUCAUAAUUCAUGCAAUGCUCUCAGUGCCAAAAGAAUGGAAAUAAAAUAACACCUAAAAUAGGUACAUUUAUAGGGGUACAAAUGUAUUUACUUUCUCGUAAAUUGACAAUAAAUCAUACCUUCAUUUCAGGUAUGUUGGGGAUCUUUACCAUUUCUCUCCGCCAUUUUGCUGUUUUAUUGCAAAUUAAAACUGAAACAAACUGAUU